AUGGCUCACAAAUUCGUUAUCGCUCUCAACACCCAAUUCCCGAAUCCUUCUGGCAACGGCGGCGACGAAACUCACUACGGAGCCGGCUUGACGCCGUCUCGCCAGAUCCUUUUUUCACCCAUUCCCCGGCGUCCUGAGAUCCCAACGACCUAUCCACCAAAGGAGACGCAGAGUUUCUUCUCCGGACUAGGUGUCUCACCAACCGUGCCUGAGCCGGCGCCUGUCUCCACCAUGGAUUUGUUUGCGCCGCAGGUGAGCCCAUUUCUGUCGUCCUUCCGAGAUUCUCCAGUACCAGCACCAGCACCAGUGGCUAGCUUCAUUGCGGGGUUGCCUCCGCUUCCGCCCAGGAGGGAUUACUCGGUGAGAGGCUCCGGCGGUGGUCAGCGUCCGAGAAAGACUCAUAGACGGACCAACAGUGUGAUCAUGUCUGAGUUGACUGCGAAAUCGCUGUUGGCUGAGAUUUCCCCGAACACGGUUGGAGAAAACGAAUCUGACUGGGAUACGACCAUGAACUAUCCCUGGUAUCUUACUGCGGAUGAGAUCAACGCUUCAAUCAGCAGCGGUUCCGGUGGGAACAACCCUACUUCCGGGGUUAAGAGAAGAGGACGCAAAGAAACUGUUCCGGGUUAUGCAAACGACAGGUUAACUGAAUCUGAAUUGGAACAGAUUGUGGCCGAUGACAGACUUGUUGAGUUAGCUCAAAAAAAUUCUAAGAUUGUCAAAAGAAUAUUGUCUAACCGCCGAUCAGCUGCACGUUCAAAGGACAAGAAAGUCAAGUACAUGGCCGACCUGGAAAAACAAGUAGACGACCUUAAAAAACAAGUAGGCGAACUUAAGAUCGAGUCUUAUAGAGCGUCUGUUCGAGUGAGGUAUUUGGAGAGGGAGAACAUGGAGAUGGACAUGAUGAACAAGGAACUGGGGGCUCGUCUUCAAGAAACCGAGGAGGAAACAGCACGCCUUCGUGGUAAUGGGGUUAUGGCUAUCAAUCUGAUUAUCCAGCAACCCGGUACCGACGGCACAAUCACCGCUCCCAGAGCCCUCCAAGAUGAGUAA